AUGCCAUCAAUUGAACACAAAACCUUACCUAGAGAUGAUGGGAUUUGUUUCCCUAAUCUUUGUUUUAUCCCUUUACAUUUUGAAGUUUGUUCAUUAGCCCAGUGUCGUAGUGAAUUAGCUAAAUCAAGUUUUAAUAGAAUCCUUGGUGGUAAUGGCACGACCAUCAAUCAACUUCAACAACAGAUAUACCCUAAGAUCAAGCAAGAUUUCAUUUCUAUAGUGUACAAAAGACAACUUAAAGAGGAAUUGAGAGGUUUAGGGUUGGAUUUUGAUGCUUAUAGGGCCGGUGGUUUCGAUACCAGAGAAAUCAAUGAAAGAUUUGGUCUACCUCGAAAUAAACGAAUUUACCUUCAUGAAUGUGAUUAUAUGGACUUUAAAUCCCAAAGUUUAACCACCAUAUCAAGAGAAUUGACCGAAGACAUUCCUUUUUUCUAUCAGUAUUAUAAUGCUGACGAGUUAGAGACGAAAUUCUUGGAUUUCAUAUAUUACUUUAAGGUAGACUUGGAGUUGAGUAUGAGGUAUGACUUGGACAUUGAUGCUAGGAUGAAGUAUACGAAUGUGUUUACGAGGACUCGCUUUAGUGUCUACGGGGACUCGCUUUAG